GGCAUUGCCAUCACCAAUUUUGCUUUGCCCUUUUGUUCCUUUCGCGUUUCUCCUGAUUUUGACCACAACAAUGUGUUAGGUCUUCCAAAUUUGCAUUUAUCUAAAGCCAAGAAAGAUGAGCUUCCAGCGUACCUACGGUCCUCCCCGGGAUUCCGACUCGGACAGCAGCUACGAUGGCUUCUACUUCUCGGAUGAGAUAAAACGCUCGAAACCCGCUCCCUAUGUGGAUCCAGAGCAAAAGCUUUACAAUGCGGUGCUCGAUGGAAAUCUGGAAACGGUGCAGGAGGAGAUGCGCCGGCUCGUCUUCCAUGUGGACCAGAAUGUUCGGGGUGGACCCAACGUGCUGAUGAUCGCCUGUCGCGAGGGACACUACGAAAUGGUUGAAUGGCUGGUGGAGAAGAAGCAGGCCAAUGUUAACAAGCAGCUGGACUCCAUGACGCCGCUGAUGACGGCCUGCGAUUGCCACCACAAGGAUCCCUAUUUGGCGGAGAAAAUAGUGGGUCUGCUCCUGCGCCAUGGUGCGGUGGUCAAUGUAUCCGAUAGAUUUGGAAUGACACCCUUUAUGUUCGCCUGCCAGAAGGGAUUCACCGGCGUUGUGCGUCUCCUGAUCAAGGACGUUAGCUUCGAUGCUGUGGAUAAUCAAGGCUGCACGCCCAUCUUCCAUGCCAUCGAAAAGAAUCACGUGGAGGUGGUGAAGCUGCUGGUGGAGGCGGGCGUGAAUGCCACGAUCGCGAACAACAAAGGAUACACGCCCACCCAGGUGGCCGAGUGCCAUGGCUACUACGAUCUGCUGGAGAUCCUGCCGCGCCCAGCCUCCACCUAUCUGGUGCCCACCCACUUUCUGGGCUACAACACACUGAGGGAUCACAUACCACGCAUCUUCCUUAAAAGCGACUGUCCAGAGUAUUUCCAGGAGCUGAACGGCAUCCUGCAGUCCAUCAAUGUGGGCAAUAUGGUGCAACACUUUGCCAUUGCGCGGAUCUCGCUGGCCGAGUUCCUGGUCAUGGAUGAACAAUCGCUCCGCAAGGUGGGCAUCGAGUAUCCCAUCUACCGCAACAAGAUCUUAAAAGGCAUUUUGGACUUCCACCUUCAUCAUUGGUCCAACAAGUCGAUAGCUCGAGUCAAACAGAAUGGCAUGGACAACUUCUAUGAGAUUCUGAUGAUUGCCGCCAAUCACCUACAGCAGUUGGUCAUUAUUCAGGCCUCUUUGCGAUUUAUCUUAAUGAACCAGAAGGAAAACCAACUGGGGCAUCUUUCGGAGACGCAGUUGGCCACAAUUAAGAGCAACCUGCAGGGAUAUCGCGACGUACUCAACCAAAUGACAAAGACCGUUAAAUAUCUCGGUUCGUUCAGCCCCACUCAGAAUCCCCUGUUCAUCGACUUCAACGAAAUCCUCGCCGAGCGAAAGCGCAAGAAGGUGCGCAACUACUUUAAGUACACCACCAUUAUCCUCGGAAUCUCAGUUUUCAUUUGCCUAAAGUGCAAAUGGUUCUCAUAGUAUUCGUAGCAGAACAUUUCCAUUUUCUAUUUAAGCAUUUUGCUGCACAAAACACGUUGUUUUCGUUAGCGCUGAAUGAAUUUUCAAAAUUCAUUGGUUUUUGCAAAUCAAAAUAGUUGUAGUUGAAAGAAAAGUGUUUAAGUUUAUCUCGAAUAUCAUAUGAAUCGAAAUUUAUAAAGAGUUACCUAAAGAUUAAGAGUUUAUCUGGAUAAUAAACAACCAAAUGCUGAGAAACAUAUAAUCUCAAAUCACACAAGAAAAAAAUAUAUAUAUAUAUUUGUUACAUUUGAAUUUUAAAAGCAAUGGAUAAAAUGUUACCUGAAAUUCAUAAAACUACCUGAGAAGAAAGCGAUUUUCUAAAAAAAAAAACUUUUGUUAAUUUCGAAACCCACUAUAAAGUAGACCAAUGUUAUAACGAAUGUAACCAAACACUAAUAUUAUUUU